AGCUCCGCGUUUGGGACAAGAUUUAUCGUGGAUUUACCCGUUUAUUUUCGCAGAUGUCAGAAAACGUGUCUCUCCUAUCCAUCAAUCCCACAAGCAAUUGGGAAAACACCUCUGUCAUCUCCAACCCUCGGUUCCCUAACUGGGAAGCGCCCACAUUCACCGUAGCCGCUCGAUUCCGAGUGGUGGCCACCCUGGUGCUCUUCAUCUUUGCAGCGAUCAGCAACCUCUCUGUCCUGAUCAGUGUUAUAAGGGGACGAGGUCGCCACCUUGCCUCACACCUGCGACCUCUCAUCGCCAGUUUAGCUUCUGCCGACCUGGUCAUGACCUUUGUGGUCAUGCCCCUUGAUGCUAUUUGGAAUAUUACGGUGCAGUGGUAUGCCGGCAACGUCAUGUGCAAGCUGCUUUGCUUUUUGAAGCUCUUUGCCAUGCAUUCUUCAUCCUUCAUCUUGGUGGUGGUCAGUCUGGAUAGGCAUCACGCCAUUUUGCACCCGCUGGAGGCUCUAGAUGCUGGCCGCAGGAACAGGAGGAUGCUACUGGCUGCCUGGAUUCUCAGCAUAGUGUUUGCUUCUCCGCAGUUAUUUAUCUUCAGAGCAAUUAAAGCCGAAGGAGUUGACUUUGUUCAGUGUGUAACACACGGAAGCUUUCAGCAGCGCUGGCAGGAAACAGUCUACAACAUGUUCCACUUUGUCACCCUGUAUGUAUUUCCCCUGCUUGUCAUGAGCUUCUGCUACACUCGAAUUCUUGUGGAAAUCAACCGGCAGAUGCCUCGUAAAGGAAAGGGUGGUGAACCUUGUCUGAGACGCAGCGGAACCGAUAUGAUCCCAAAGGCUCGCAUGAAGACCCUGAAGAUGACCAUCAUUAUCGUGGCAUCGUUUGUGGUGUGCUGGACGCCGUAUUACCUGCUCGGCAUCUGGUACUGGUUCCAGCCUCGCAUGCUACAGGUGAUGCCGGAAUACGUCCAUCACGCCCUCUUUGUCUUCGGCAACCUCAACACGUGCUGCGACCCGGUCAUUUACGGUUUCUUCACACCCUCAUUUCGUGCGGACAUAGCCGGCUGCUUGUGCAGGAGAAAUCCGAAUUCUUCUCCAAAAUCACUUGACAGACUCUCUGCAAGAAGAGGUGGAGCGAGUGUGGAAGCAGAGUCAGAUCUCGGAAGUGCUGACCAGCACAGUGGACAAGCAUAACGCUAAGAAAUCUCCACGAGCUAUAGUGACAAAACCAACUUUAAUUCAGGCAUAGACUGGCGUGCCUGCUUGACUUUCUGAAAAUAGAGGUAGAC